UUCAUCUUAUCAUCCCCUCGGACCUUGAUUAUCAAAAAAAUAAAAUAAAAUAAAAAUAAACAAAGAACUUAUAAGUUGCCCCCUACUCCAAGUUCAUGAAACUGUGGGAACAUAAUAUUUUUCGGGCCCCCAAAAUCUUUCAUUGCCAUCGGUUUCCGGCGUUCUUCUCUGUGUUCAAGUCGCCUCCAAAGUGACGCAUUGUCAUAAUUUAAUCAUCCGUCAUUGCUUUUACUUUUUAUUUUUUUUUUGUGUGAGGUUCCUCCUUGCGUCUUAUCAUCAAGUAAAGACCAUACACAACGGGACUUUAUAGAUAUCUCAUAUGUACAAACAUUGAUAACCACAAUCAUCAUCGUUGUCGCCGACAAACGCCGCCGUUUCGUCGUCGUUCUCGGCUUGUCCGUCCACUGCAUUCUCAAAAAUCUCUACUUCUUAUAAACACAAGUAUCGCGUCCAUAUCACCAGAAGACUGAGAUUAGCAUAUACGAGUGAGGCAGGCUACACAACAACAUUUGAAUGGAAUGGAAUGACCUCAGAAUUUAAGAUUCAAGUCCAUAUUCUCCUGCUCAGUCGUACUUCCGAUUAAUUUUGAUUGCAGCAAACAAAAUAAAAAAAAAAUUGUUGCCGCUACCCUCAACCAGAUACCGAACCGAAAUUUUCAUUUAGAAACGUUCAGUCAGUCAAGAUUCGUUCAUAAGAAACAAGCUUUGUUUUUUUUUACGUCGGAAUGUUUUACUUCAAGUUGCUGCUCAUUUUCGCGGCAGUAUUGCGAGUUUCGUCAAAGUCACCUGUGAUUUCGAGCAUUACCGAAGACCAGGUGGUCAGUGUGGGAGAAGCUGUCGAAUUCAAUUGCACUGUCGAAAAUGUCGAAGGUUAUGCUGUUGGCUGGAGCAAGAGUACCAACGAUCUUGGAACCGGUGGAGGUGUGGUUCUGUCGAUUCGCGGAGUUCUGAGCUUGUCCGAUCCAAGGUAUUCAAUCAAGGAGAUAAAAACUGAUGCAAGUUCGACUUAUUCCUUCAAAAUUGCCAAAAUCGAAGCAUCCGAUAUGGGUUCGUAUGAAUGUCAAGUGAUUGUAUCAGCUAUUGACAAAGUGACAAAGAGCUUAAAGCUUUCUGUGAAACAUCCACCCAUCGUUUCGGAAGAGAAAACUCCCAAGAGUGUUAGUGUGAAAGAGGGUGAAAAUAUCGAGGUGACUUGUUAUGCUGAUGGCUUCCCAAAGCCGAAUCUUUCUUGGAAGCGGGAAGAUAACUCCAUUAUGCCAGCUGGAGGAACCUUCCAUCGAGGUGCUACUUUACACAUCCGCAAGGCACAUCGUUUGGACCGAGGUGGUUACUAUUGCAUCGCUGAUAACGGAGUUGGUGUACCAAAUGAACGUAUUGUUCGUGUCGAAGUUGAAUUUCGUCCCCAGAUUUCAGUGGCUCGUCCAAAAGUAGCCCAAAUGAAGACACAUGCUGCUGAAAUGGAAUGUUCUGUCCAAGGCUAUCCACCACCUUUAGUUUUUUGGUUCAAAGAUGGUACUCAAUUACAGUCGGGUGGAAAUUAUCGUAUUACAAAUAUGGCUACUGCACAUGAGACCACAAAUUCGGUCUUGCGCAUUUUGUCGACAAACGAACGAGACUAUGGUGAUUAUUUUUGUAAUGCUACCAAUAAAUUGGGACAUGCGGAUGCGAGAUUGAAUUUGUUUCAGCCGGUGAUUCCAGUUCCGAAGGUUUAAGUUUAAUUAAUGCUACUGGUGAUUUUUUUGUCAAUUUUUUGUUUUGUAAUAAGUACAUUUUUAAGAGAAAAAGAGAAUGAAUUAAGAAAAAAAAAAAAUAAAUGUUUUAUGGCGA